AUGGCGCUCUCGGGCUCUGGCGACUGCGCUGGCGCCGCGCCCCCGCCCACGCUGGGGGCCGCCUCCGCCGCCUCCCCGUGCUCCGUCGUCUCCCCGGUGGCCGCGCCCCCCUCCGCUCCUCCGGCUCCCUCCGCCCCGCAGGUCCCCGGCGUCGCUCCCGGACCUCUGUCCCCCUCGCCCGCCCCUGCUCUAGCCCCGCGCAUCCGCUGGGCGGACUUGGCCGACGAGGAGCCGCUCCCCGCUCCGGCCGGCGCCUCCUCUCCCCAGGCCUCCGCUCCCCGUCGCGCUGCUCUGCCCUGCAGGGCCGGUGGCCCAGCCCCCCGCGUGCGGGGUUCGGUCGCCGGCUCACGGCCGCUGCAGUCGCCGACUCCGCCCUCGAGCUCGUCUCGGGUGUAUGGGAUGCAAGGUGCGUCCUUGCGGGUAGGCGGAGCUCGCCGCCGGCGGCUCCGCCUGGGGCGUGGUCAGCCGCUCUGA